AUGGAAAAUCUUGUUAAUUCUAUGAAAAGUGCCGUUCUCAGUGUGGGCGAGAAGUUGACACCGGUUUUGAAGCAGUCCAAGUUUCGCGAGACUGGUGUUUUGACGCCGGAAGAGUUUGUUGCUGCUGGUGACCAUCUUGUACAUCAUUGUCCUACUUGGUCUUGGAGUAGAGCUGGUGAUCCAAGCAGGUAUGAUUGCUUUUUUGUUUGAUUUUAAAGUUUUAAUGGAAGAAAUGGGACUUGUGUGGGUUUGAUUAUAACUUUUUUCGAAGCAUAGUUGAAGACUUGAAAUUUUCUGUGAAGUUAGUCUAGAUAUCAGCCUUACUAAUUUAUUAAAUGUUAGUCUAGAUAUCAGCUUUACUAUUUAUUAAAGUGUUGGAUAACUGGCGUUAAUUUUGAAGUUACAGCAACGUUUCUGGAUUCUUAUCUACCAAAUUUGCUUUUUCAAGUGCUUGUUAUUAGGGAAUUUAUUAAAAAUAGGCAUAAUUUUGCAUGAUCUGAUUAAACUAGUUGAACAAAACUUUCAUUUAUAUAUUUUUUACAGAAUCCGAGAGUAUUUGCCUGCGGACAAACAGUUUUUAAUCACUAAACGGGUACCUUGCCAUAAACGAUGCGCACAUAUGCAAUAUGAUUCGAAGCUGGAGUUAGUAUGUUCUUUUCUUUGUGUUUUAAAUUUUUAGAUAGUCUACUGAGUCUUCGUUCUUUUUAUGUGUCACAUUUACAUUUUGCGGUCCAAAAUAAUCAGAAUCGAUUGUUUUUGGUCAAAAGGUUGUUGAACGAGCUAGCUUUUGGAAACUAGCUGGAUUUUGGAUCUAGCUAGCUUUUGGAUUUACGAUUGUUCUAAAUUUUCUUGUCUGAACCACUAUUUUAUUGUUAUCGAAAGUAUACUUUACUAAAACCGUCACAUUUCAGGUGAUAAAAGACGAUGACGGGAACGACGAAUGGGUAGAUACACAUCAUUAUGCACCUGAACUAGUAGAAGAAUCCAAAUCUGCUGAUGAAAUUGUAAAACCUGUCUCCGCACCGACGAAUCAAGACGAAGAUGACGACGACGAUGAUGAUGGACCAGCAAUGGACAUGGACAACUUUAUGGAGAAUGGUGAUUUCGAAGAGGAAGUGGACCCAAACUGCUACAAGCCUGAUCCAGUAGCCGAUGAAUCUGGCGAUGAUAACAUAUUGAAGACUCGAACUUAUGAUCUGCAUAUUACAUAUGACAAGUAUUAUCAGGUAAGGCUUUGUAUUUUGAUGCUAUAAGGGGAUUAAGUAGGUAACAACAUCACUUUUGGUCCUUUUUAGAUGAUGUUAUAGUAGACGAAUGGAUGUCUUUAAAAAUUAGUUUUGACAGAUUUUCAAAGCAUUUUUAUAGAAACAUAGGUGCUUAUAAGAUGAAAAAGAAACAAUAUUACGAUAUUAAAAUAUUAUUUUAGGUACCAAGACUAUGGGUAAUAGGAUACGAUGAAAAUGGCAAACCGCUAACAGUCAAACAAAUGUACGAGGAUUUCUCAGCUGUAAGUCGAGUUUUUAGGGUUAUAUGUAUAUAAAUUGGUGUUUGAAAGUUGUAUUAAAGAAUUAUUUUUUGUCUAACAAAAAUAUUUUGUCCAUAAGUUCUGGGACAGUCUAGACAGGGCUGUUUUUACCUUUUUUGUCUUCUUUAUCAGCUAGAAGAUUUAAAAAUUUAGUUUUUGCUAGUUUUAACCCAUUUUACGGUUUAUUUUUCAGGACCAUGCCAACAAAACCAUUACAAUAGAAUCUCAUCCUCAUCUGAAUCUCCAAAUGGCCUCGAUUCACCCGUGCCGACAUGCUGAAGUGAUGAAGAACUUGAUUGAGCAAUAUGCUGACGCUGGGAAAGAAUUGAGCGUCCUCCAAUAUCUGCUGAUCUUCCUCAAGUUUGUUCAGACCAUUAUACCCACCAUCGAGUAUGAUUUUACAAGAAGUAUCCAAAUUUAA